CUUUUCUUCCGCCGACAUUUUGGCAAUGAUCAGGUGAGGAGUGGUGCCCCCCCCUUUCUUUCUUUUUUUUUUUGCAAGGAACUGGACGUUUCUUUGAGCUCGCUGCGGAGCUGGGAUUAUUCCCAGACUGGGCGCUCUGCAGGUCCGCCCUCCAACUGGAGAGCAGUGUCCCUUUCGCUUUCCCCUUGGCCAAGCAAGUUUGUUGCGUGGAGCGAUUGCUCGUGGCACCGGGCGGCCAGUGCGAACCGCUGCCCGCAGCGAUGCGCGCACCCCCGUGUUUGUUUAGGCUUUGUUGGCGCCAGGAUCUCGGCGGUGCUAGUCCUAAACCUGAAUUUCUUGUCCUUGAGUAUUGAUUUCCAGCGCACCGACGCGCUGCUUGGACGCUGUUUGAACUCCUGGGCAUUCUGAGGGGCAAAACGUGCGACGCUGCUUUCUGCUGGGGCUAGUGGUUGACAUGCCGCCGGGCGGCCGGCCUGUCAAUCACCGCAAGCACCGACUGCCGCACCGGGCGGCUCGUCCGGGGCAAGCGAGCAACUCACGAGUUUCUGUCUAUCCUUGAACGCAGCAGGCGUAGCGACUGCGGACCCGCGGGGUCGAAGGCCGGGGACCAAGCGCUGCAGAGAGACGCGGACCUACGGGGGACGGAGCUCCCGGGACCGGAGCGAUAGCGAGCAGCCAGGCCAGAGCGCGGGACCUGGGACGACGCUCGCCAGUCUCGUCUGAGGAGCCCGGCACCUGGCGCGCCCCUGCCCACCGCGGCCUGCGCCUGCCCCACGCGAACGAGACCUCUGGGCCAGCGCACCGAGCCACCCGGCGGCUGGUUCCCGGAGCGGCCGCGGGACCACAGCCUCCGGCUGAUGUCCCCAAGCCGCCCUAGGUCGCCGCGAGCGCAUCGGGCGGAGGAGCGCCCCUGCCUGGGGGCCGCGGAGGCCGCAGCAGGGGCGAUGCGCGCCCGGCCGCCCCGCCGCCGUUGAUGCGGCGCGUCGCCCCAGUCUGCUCGGGGUCCAGGGCCGCCUAGUGUGGCUGGACCGCCACCGGCGCCGCUUUGGUCGCGGAUUUCCGAUGCAUGCCAGGUUUCUGCCGACUGCCAAAAUUGGAGAUCACUCCACAUGGAUUCCCCAAGUCAGCAUGGCAGCCACACAUCCCUAGUGGUGAUCCAGCAGCCAGUUCUGGAUGGCCGGCAGAGGUUAGACUAUUACAGGGACACUCAGCCUCCUGCAAUUCUGUCCCUAGACCAGAUCAAGGCCAUCAGAGGCAGCAAUGAAUACACAGAGGGACCAUCAGUGGUGAAAAGACCAGCUCCUCAUACCAAACCACGACCAGAGAAGCAGGAAAGGACUCAUGAAAUCCUACCAGCAAAUGUGAAUAACGUCUAUGAGCACCGACCUGCCAGCCCCCCUGUGCACGGAGGACUUCCAGGCAAUGCCAGGGACUCUGUUUUGAGCAGAUCCACCAGCACAGGAAGUGCAGCCAGCUCUGGGAGCAGCAGGAGCAGCAGUAGUAGUAGCAGCAGCAGCAGUGCCUCCUCCAAGCAGGGCCUGUUAGGAAGAUCACCACCCACCAGGCGGCCAGUCCCUGGUCAUAGGUUUGACAGGGCUAUCCGGACCCAGCCUAAGCAACUGUUUGUUAAUGACUUGAAGUGUUCCUUGAAAGAGAACCCCACCCAGCACAAGUUCAUCUGCGAACAGUGUGGCAAGUGCAAGUGUGGAGAGUGCACGGCCCCUAGGGCCCUGCCCUCCUGCCUGGCCUGCGACCGGCAGUGCCUGUGCUCUGCAGAGAGCAUGGUGGAGUAUGGAACCUGUAUGUGCCUGGUCAAGGGCAUCUUCUACCACUGCUCCAACGAUGACGAAGGGGAUUCUUACUCCGAUAAUCCGUGCUCCUGCUCACAGUCGCACUGCUGCUCAAGAUACUUGUGUAUGGGAGCCAUGUCUAUGUGUUUACCCUGCUUACUCUGCUACCCUCCUGCCAAGGGCUGCCUGAAGCUGUGCAGGGGAUGUUACGACUGGACCCACCGCCCAGGCUGCAGGUGUAAGAACUCCAACACUGUCUACUGUAAGCUGGAGAGCUGCCCUUCAAGGGCUCAGGGGAAACCAUCAUGAUUUCUGGAAGUGGGUUGGACCUCCUGAACGUCUAGCUUUCAAAUUGUGGCUGUUAAGAAACAUGUUACUAGAUGCAGAUUUUCUUUGCUCUAGGGUUUUUCUCUUGUUUUCUGCCUUCUCUCCUUUGUUUCCAAGGUGUGAUGUGUGGAUUUUACUCUUAUCUUGGAUGUUCCUCAGUAGGAGUGAACUGUGAAACUGUGCCUGACUCCCUCUCACAAUCACAGCCACCCCCAGUUGGGUGCUGGGAGCUGUGGGUGCUUGUGUAGCCUUUCUGUGCUACAAGAAACUUUCCAUUGUGCCUAUGAGCAUGUACCUUGCUCAGAUGACAGUGGCUCAGAGUUAUCUGGGGUUGGGUACUAUGGGAUCAGGGGCUUGGUUUGGUUUUUAAAAAGAAACCAUUUAAGUGCUUAAAUAAGCUACAUAAGCUACCUAUCAAAUCUGACUCUUGUGAGAGCUAUCUUCCUGGCCUUGGACCCCCAAGUAGAGUGAGAAGAUCUAUUUUUGUUAUAACACAAGUUCCCUCUAACUGCUCACUGCCUGCUCCUCUUUGGUCCUCAGUGUUUUCUCCGAAGUUUUAGUGUCACUUCUCUGUGGAAUGCCAGUGGGUUUUCCUCUCCUUUUUUUUUACUGUGUAAUUAUAGAUUCACUUUGCAACAUGGUCUUCACAUUGGAGAUUAUAUUGGUGUAACUUGCUUAUUCUCACUCUAGCUUCCGUAUUUGUGAAGGGCUCACUUUUGCUGUAUACCCUGCACUCUUCCCUAAAUUUUUGUUGUCAUUGAGGGCACUUGGGCAACUGAAGUUGAAAUUCCUGACUGAUUUGCCCCUAGGUCAGGAAGCUACAGGGCCCUAAAGUACUUCUGGUUCCUAACUGGUCUUUGGGCUCCUUACCUAGCAGCUGAAUAAUUCUAACCUUUCCUAUGUUUUUAUUGCCUGAACCACAAAUUGUGGUGCUUUUUUUAUAUUUUAUGUAUAAAUCACAAAGUUGAAUCCUGGCUAUUUUUUAAGACAAAAGUCUGUUAAACUUUUUUUAUUGUAAAGAAUAUUUAUUAUGCGAAUCUCUUAUUUUAUGAUAUUUAUUGCAAAAGACUGUUGAAAUGUACUCAUGUCUGAAUAUAACAAACUAUCAAUACUUAAUGGAAAAUAAGAUGACACAAAGAAAGUACAUAUGUUAACUAUAAUGCAGAAAAUAUAUUAAUUAA